AUGCAUCCGUUAUUCAGUGAACAUCAAAAUGCAUAUUAUCGACAUCCUGCGACUGGAGCACCCGCGUAUACGGGAUCAAUGACAGCUAGUGCUGCCGUCGGGUAUACUUAUGAUCAAUAUUCUCGUUAUGGAUAUGUACCAUCCGCUUAUUCAGCACUGGGUAACCACCAGCAAGCAUUGCAUCAAGCAAAAGAUAUGGUUAAACCACCGUACUCUUAUAUUGCCUUAAUUGCGAUGGCAAUUCAAAAUGCUUCAGAUAAGAAAAUUACUCUCAACGGUAUUUAUCAGUUUAUCAUGGAACGAUUCCCGUAUUAUCGUGAGAAUAAACAAGGUUGGCAAAAUUCAAUUCGACAUAAUUUAUCGUUAAAUGAAUGUUUUGUUAAAGUACCCCGUGAUGAUAAGAAACCUGGAAAAGGAAGUUACUGGACGUUAGAUCCAGAUUCGUACAAUAUGUUUGAUAAUGGUUCUUAUUUACGGCGGCGACGAAGAUUUAAGAAGAAGGAUGCUAUUAAAGAGAAAGAGGAAGCAUUAAAAAGACAGCAUAUACCACAUCCUCAUGCUCAUUUAUCGGUGGGUUCAACUGCGUUAUCACCGCAUGAAGCGGCGUUAAUUAAAAGGAGCGUUGAUGAAAAAUUACAUGAAGCAAAAACAGCAAAAAUUGAGUGUAAGCUUAAAAGAGAACCAAACACCGAUUUAGCUCAGUGUAUGAAUAAGUAUAGUCAUCCAUCCCCAACCGAAUCGAAAUCGGUUAUUGUUCAUCAAGAUCAAACGAAUACUGCGGUCCCAAUGGAUGUAGAUACCGCUUCAGUUGCAUUUACUGUGGAUAGUUUAAUGACAAGCAGAGAUCCACAACAGCAUUUAAGUUUGGCAGCAGCAUACUCCAGUCCUCGCUUACAUUCCACUGCUGGAGGAAUGUAUUCCUAUCAUUGUUCAACAACAGCCUCGGCUGCUCAACAGUAUAUGAUUGGAACAUCACAGCAAGAAGAUGGUCAAUUUGCUCGACAUAUGGCAGCAGGAUGGUAUAGUCCAGAAACGUCACCAGAUUCAUCCGCGGCUGCGGCAGCUAUUCCACCGGGAUUUCGAGAGUUAUUUGACGCAGCUACUGCAUCACCCCCAAAUCCUAGUUGCCAACUGAACACAGGAUUUGUUAGUCGAAAUUCAACGACACCGCCCACAACAGCCAGUAGUUAUCGUUCAACCGUACCCAGUUCUCCGCCAAUAAAUGUAGCACCCGCACAUUAUCGUACACCAACAGCGGCUCAUACUUAUUAUCCGCAAGAUUGCACGGGUCAUAAAUAUUAG